CAUUCAUCGCCUCAGUCUUGCUCUCUCCAGUGUAAUCCCAGCUGACCAGGUUCUUAUCAGUUUGACAGGCUGUGCCUGUUGUCCUGGUGACCACUGUAGUUGCACUAUCAUCAUGCACAGAAGGCAGCGAAAGAGAUGCCUGGACCUGUGGGUGUAGCCGUGCGUGCACGUGGGAUGCCAAAAGCACCUGAGUCUGUUUGGAUCAUGAAGAAGACAAAGUAUUCCUGGGGAGACUUUGUGGGAAAAGGCAAUAAGUGGGAAAAGAUGGCUGGAGAAAAAGCAAGGAUGCUGCCCAAGGCCACACAUGAGGAGAGAAAGAAGCAAGAAGCGAAGAGGAGAGGGAAACUGAAAAAUGUGGCAGGCAGAUUGCUAAAGGCCGUGGCCAGUGGGAAAGAGGCAGUGAAGGAGAAGGCUGGCAGUGAGGAUGUGGCAACAAAUUUGCUGAAGACAGUCACCAGUAUGAAGGGAGUGGAAGGAGGGAUGCUUGCAGAGGAAACCAUCUGUGGAUUCAUUAAGCAAGGAAAAUUUUUUGAAGCUUGUGAUCUUAUUUAUGAACUGGAGCAUUCUGGAAAUGAUGGUGUGGGAAAGUCUGAAUCACUUUAUAUGCUCCUGGCUGAACGAAUGUGGACUGUGAUGGGAGAAGCACUCAGUGAAAGUGGUGGGAUAUUCCUGGAGCCGUUGCAGUCUGUGGGAGAAUCACUGAGGUGGGAGAAGCAGAAGGAAGUGGAAUGGCUUGGCAGCAGCCAAGAGACAGAAUCUGUUUCUACCUGGAGCCCAAACUUCUGGAGGAAAGAUCUGGAGGAAAAGCUAAUACAGUACAUGACAGCUCAGAUUCCCCUGUUUGAUUCCUCUAGUGACACAAAUGAGACUGCACUAAGAGAGCAUCUGAUUCAACUGGAAACAACAUUUCUCCCUAGCCUGGAGCAGAGAAGUGGUGUCUUCAAGGAAGCAGGGCUGCUUGUGACCUAUGCCCACUGCUGUCAUGCCUCUUUAUCUUCUCACCUUUCCAUGCUUACUGACAGUAACCACUUCAGCUUCAGCCAAUAUCUUUUAGUUUAUGAAUGGGGCCUUAAAAUGUACCAAAGUGGCAACGAGAUGUGUGUGAGACCCAGGCAGCCCCCCCAGCACAGCCUUUCCCUCGGUGUGCAGUGUCUUGUGUGGAUUUUGAAGACUGAGGAAAAGUUACUUGCAGUUGCCCAGAAGGAAGUAGGGAAAGCUCUGAGAGAAGCCUUUGAUAUUGGGAAACCCCCUUGUGCAGAUGCUGCAGUCAUUCAGAUACUAACAGAGAAGACAGAGGCUGCCCAGGGUGUCAGUGAGAGCCUGAGUGAGAAGGUGGAAGCUGUGUGCCUGAUGGAGUGCCUGAGGUUCCUGCAGAGCUAUGAAGAUGAAAUAAGAAGCUUUGUCCAGCUCGAUGGCUGCCCAGGGAUCUGCAGCAGCUUACGAAUCUUGGAGAACUGCUGCAUUCUCAGGACUGUCUGGCAUAAGCUGACUUACAUUUACAGUGCCAGCACUGGUCAGGAUGCUAUGGUAAAUGGAUUUCUAGACAGGAUGGAAGAUGAGAUUACAGAGCAUUUUCUGCACAUAGUCACUUCUAAAGUCAAGGGAACACUGAAGGACCACUUCAAAAAGUGUGACAGCGGUUUUGACCACAUCCUUGAAUCUUUAAAACAAAGCUUUUUGGCGUUUGGGAAGAAAAAACCAGACACAUAUGAGGCCCUCGUCAAGGCUGUCAAUGCCAUCGUUAUUACAGAAUAUGUGCAGGCCCUCUUGACCACUUCCAGGAAACCAUCUGCUGUGCAGAGGAGGAAGAUUAUCAGCAAGAUAGAAGAAGAUCAUAGGAUGCUACAAAUCGUCUUUCAAGAGUGCUUAGGUCAUGCAGCUGGUUCCCUGAAGGAUCCUGUAAGAGCAAUUUUAGAACUUAUUCAAACUUCUGAUGCUGAGGGGAUGAUAAUAGCCCUCUUGCCCAUCCUCAAAGACUUUCCUGAUCUAAGGAAGGAACACCUGAGUGCAGUGCUGGACAUCAAAGGCUCGCUCAGCCGAGGAGACAGAGCUGCUGUCUUGAAGGCAUUUCAUGAUAAUUGCAGGGAAUCAGCAACAGAAGCAAACUUGCUUUUUGAGGAUAUAGAAGUAAGCCCUGGAAAAUCUGGGCUCUGUGGCUGCCUCUGCUGUUAGCAAAGCUCUUUUCUUGCUUGCCCUCAGGCCUGCUGUGAGAAACAAGAGCUCUGGCUCCCACAUGGCAACACCUGCACUCACAGCUCCUUGAAAGCUUUGAGGACCUGCUCAGCCAGGUGCAUGGGGAAGCCUGACAGCUAUGGAAGACACAAUCCCUGCACUUUUGCAGGGCAAGCACGUGGCCCAAUCUUCUGUGCAAAGCCUGGUCAGAAGAUGAAUGGGAUAUGGCAGAAAGUUGUUCCUUCAGAACUGCCUAGACAUUGCUGCUCAGCCACAACCUGGUGGUUAUUCCCAGGAUGCAGCAUGGUGCUGUGUGGAGAAGGAGGGUUUCCCCUUAUGAAGAUUCUGUUUGCAUCCCUUGCUUCAUCCAGUGUCACACAAACCCAGGGACUGCUACACUACACCGUGUCCUGGCACGUGACCCACGGCCCUCCCUCAGGGAAUUCUGCCUAGCCCACCCUGCCAGCACUGCCUGGGGCUUUGGGCACGUGGAUCAAUCCCUCAAAGCCUGACUUGCCCCAGGAGGGGUACAGACAGAGCUGCCUCUUCCCUUGCUCCCCACAUCCAAAGGCUGUGAUCUGCUUUGGGGGCAGUCUGGCCUGGCACUGGCUGUGGGACAGGCAGCUCUCCCCACGUGAGUUUUAGAGCUGGCUCUGGAGCAGAGCCUUGUGUUCAUUUGUAUACCUCAGUUACUGGAAAUUUCCUCUUGGAGAGAGAGGGGGAAAGCCUCAUGGAAGCAGGCAGUGAAAGGAGCUGUUUGUCCCAGCCUCUGGGCAAGAUCUGUGCUGUUUUCAGAUGUAAAUAGGAAGUUCCUUGGGGAAAACAUUGACUUUUCUUCCCAGUUAUCUAUGGACUGGUCACAGCCUCCAAGCUGGAUUUGGUUCAAGGCCCUCCUUUGCUAUUGUGUUAAUACAGGUCAUCACCCUCCUCUCUUGCCAUGUAAACAAGCAAAAAAGCUCUGCUGCCUCAGUGCCAGUGCUUUUCUGAGCAGCUCCCUCCAAUCUGCUUCCCUAAGAAGAAAAGGGGCAAAUUUGUGCAUAACCCAUCAAUACUUGAGGUGAGGGACUGCCAGGCCCUGGGAGCUGGGCUCAGGUGGGUGCUGCCAUGCUCUGCAGUGCCAUGCUGUCACCCCAGGGCUGCAGCUCACGUGCCUGGAGCCCUUUGUGCAGAUGUGUCCUGGGAGCUUGACAGGAGCCAGAUCAGGUUUGAAAUUGUCACAAGCUUUGCUCCUGCACGGUACUGAGUAUGGGAUGAGUGGAAGGAAGCUGGAAGAAAGAGGCUGCUCCAUCUCCAGGGAGUCCUCUGUGGGCUUUUGGGGCACCACAGGACCUCAGCAUAGUUACAUCCCAUCCCUUACAUCACUGCAGGGUGGUGAGAGCAUCCCAUGGCCUGCCCACCCUUGAUCUGCUUUAAAGGCCCAGCUCCUGUCUCCCUUGCAUCCUCCCCCACCAAGUGCAGGGGGCUUUUGAGGGUGGGAAGGGAUGUCAGAGCCUACUUGCAGGGGCAGAGUCAGCCUCUAUGAUGGGGAUUACAAGUGAUGAGCUUUCCAAAGAGAAGAAAUAAAACCCCCCCUCUGACAUUUCGAUCACAGUUGGGCUAAAAAUAAUCCACGCAGCGGGCUCCUGCCACGUCCACGUCGAUGUCUGUGUUUGUCUCUGCCAUUUGACAUUGGCAGUCAGAGGAGGGUAUGUUCUGCUUGCAGCCAGCAGCUACAGGGGAUGCCAGGCUGGCCACUGCUGGCCCUGCAGAUUGGGUGACCCGUGCCUGUCCUCACUGGGUGGGCAGCAACUUCUGUGUAUGUGCAGAGAAGCACCAUUCCAAGGAGGUUUCUUAGC